CACUAACAAUCACGUUUUGUUUUUGUACGUCCCUUGUCACUAUUUUGCAAUCAUUCAAUUACGUUUUUGCACCGAAAAAUAAGCAACCACAAGAAUGCAGCGACAAAUGAUUAAUAUCCUGGGACAGACAGGGCGCCGCAUGAUGCUGGGACAACAGCUUCGCCCGUUGUCAGUGUCCGCCCAACGCAGAGAGAUCUUCAAAGUGCAGAGUGCCGAGGACUUUGACAAGAAGGUGAAGAACAGCCAGCAGCCCGUCAUUGUUGACUUCUUUGCAACGUGGUGCAACCCCUGCAAGCUACUGACCCCGCGUAUCGAGAACAUUGUCGGGGAACAGGCCGGCUCCAUAAAAUUAGCAAAAGUAGACAUUGACGAGCACAGUGAACUGGCUCUGGACUACGAUGUUGCUGCCGUUCCAGUCCUGGUGGUGAUGCAAAACGGCAAGGAGGUGCAGCGCAUGGUGGGUCUCCAGGACGAGGACAAAAUCCGUGCCUGGGUCGCCGCCGCCGUUAAGCAGUCGAAGUAA